AAAUCGGUUUGAAAGUCAUUAUUAGCGAUGACAUGUUCAGCGAACUUGAAAGUAUCUGACUGAGCUGAAUUAAGUAAUAUCAAAGAAAUUCUGAAUGGGAGCAUUUUCCUCAGUGUAUGAUGGCUAACUUGGAUAAAGAACCUUGUCCUGUUAAUUCAGAUACAGAAAUCAAACAUGAAACCUCGAAAGCAAGAACCCAACUAUUUCUUGCCACAUUUGUUUGCAUUGUGUUCAUAGCUGUUGAAGUUGCGGGAGGUUAUUUGGCGAAUAGCUUGGCAAUAAUAAGCGAUGCAGCACAUAUGAUGUCUGAUCUGGCAAGUUUAUUAACAAGUAUAUUAGCAAUAAACAUUGCAGCCUGGCCUGCAACCAAAUCUCACACUUUUGGUUUUUAUCGUGCAGAAAUAAUUGGGGCAUUGCUAACGAUUUUCAUUGGAUGGGUUGUGUCUGCCUUCCUAUCAUACUACGCCAUAGAAAGAAUAGUCUACCAUGAUUAUGAAAUAGAGGCAGAUACCAUGGUGUUGACUGCCGGGUUCUGUUUGAUAGCAAAUAUUUUAAUGGGAUUGAUUCUCGUCGUUCCUGGGAGAUCACAUGGUCACUCCCAUGGCGGGAAACCUGCAAUGAGAGAAGUAGAAACACAAUCAAAAGAAGAGCUUCAAAAUAUUAACAUUAGAGCUGCUUUUAUUCAUAUUUUAGGAGAUACUUUGUGUACUUUAGGACUUUUAAUUGCUGCUGUUAUUAUCAAAUUUAGGCCGGAACUUACAAUUGCUGAUCCCAUUUGUACCUUGCUCUUUUCUAUCAUGUCAGUUCUUGUAAGCCUAAAUGUAUUUAAAGAUAUUAUGAAAGUAUUUCUGGAAGGUACACCGGAUCAGUUUACCUACGAUGAAGUGAAAAACUCGUUAGAAUCGAUAAGUGGCGUCACGCAAGUUCACAGCUUGCGUUUAUGGUCCCUGACGGUCGACCUCUUGGCAGCAAACGUACACUUACGGAUUGACGAAAGUGCAAGUGAAAAUGAAGUUCUAUACACAGCAAAAAAUAUCUUAAAACAAGAAUAUAGGAUAAAGUUUGUUUGCAUUCAAGUUGAAAACAAAUUUGAGUCAUGGAUAGAAAUACACAAUCAGGCGAAAAUGGAGGCGCAGGCGCAAACGUCAGAAAACAUAGAAUGAAACUCGGAAUAGAUAAUUUUUGUCAAUUAAUGUACAAAAUUUAAA